CAGCCCUGCGCGAGCGCGCGAGAAGGCUAGCCGAGGCGUGUGGUGGGCGGGGCGCCGCGCUGACGUUGCUGGAGAUGCGGAAAGGUUCCGCCGCCGCCGCCGCCGCCGCCGCCAGCGCCACCGCCACCGCCACCGCCACCGCCGCUACGACCUCCGCCUUGUCUGCCUCCCGAGUUUGUAUGAAAACACCCAGGCGGCGGGAGGCGAGGAAUCCGCGGUGCGCCCAGAGAGCAGACGGCGCCUAGCCGGGUGGUGCGGCUCUGUCCAGUCCCUGCCAGCGCCCUCUUCUGAGCGGGUGAGCGCCCCGCCGCGGUCCGCGCGCCUGGGCCGGCCGACCCUCCGCCGCGGCUUUCCCGCCCGCACUGUGCCCCUCUGCUCUCCCCCGGCCGCUGUGUCCUGGGGCGAGAGAAGCGGGAGAAGAGUGACUCCGGGCCCGCCACAGCCUGCGCCCUGGGACCUCUCCGUUCCUCACCUGACAGAUUAUCUGCAAUGGUGAAAUGAAGUAACUCAAGAUGAGCAAAUUAAAAGUGGUAUCAGAGAAAAGCCUUACCAAUAAUUCUCGGAUUGUCGGACUCCUGGCUCAGCUGGAGAAGAUCAAUACUGAAUCUACAGAAUCAGAUACUGCCAGAUAUGUUACAUCAAAAAUUCUUCAUCUGGCUCAAAGUCAAGAAAAGACAAGGAAAGAAAUGACAGCCAAAGGUUCUACAGGAAUGGAAGUUCUGCUGUCAACAUUAGAGAACACGAAAGAUCUUCAAACUACACUUAAUAUCUUAAGCAUUCUUGUUGAGCUGGUGUCAGCUGGUGGCGGUCGAAGAGCGAGUUUCUUAGUGGCCAAAGGUGGUUCACAGCUACUGUUACAGUUACUUGUGAAUGCCAGCAAAGACUCUCCCCCGAACGAGGAGCUAAUGGUACAUAUUCAUUCUGUUCUUGCGAAGAUUGGACCGAAAGACAAAAAAUUUGGAGUGAAAGCUAGAAUUAAUGGAACUCUGAAUUUAACCCUGAAUUUGGUCAAACAGAAUUUGCAGAAUCAUCGCUUGGUUUUGCCUUGUCUUCAGCUUUUACGAGUAUAUUCGGCAAACUCUGUGAAUUCAGUAUCCUUAGGGAAAAAUGGAGUUGUGGAACUGAUGUUUAAAAUCAUUGGACCAUUUAGUAAGAAGAAUUCGGGUCUUAUGAAGGUUGCUUUAGACACUCUUGCUGCAUUGCUAAAAUCAAAAACAAAUGCCAGGAGAGCUGUAGACAGAGGAUAUGUCCAAGUCCUUUUAACAAUUUAUGUAGAUUGGCACCGCCAUGAUAAUCGGCAUAGAAACAUGCUCAUUCGGAAAGGAAUUUUACAGAGUUUAAAAAGUGUUACAAACAUCAAGUUGGGAAGAAAAGCGUUUAUUGAUGCCAAUGGGAUGAAAAUUCUCUAUAACACUUCACAAGAAUGUUUGGCUGUCAGGACCCUUGAUCCUCUUGUCAACACCUCCAGUUUGAUAAUGAGGAAGUGUUUCCCUAAAAAUCGCCUGCCACUCCCAACGAUUAAAAGUUCUUUCCAUUUCCAGUUGCCAGUUAUUCCUGUGACUGGACCUGUGGCCCAGCUCUACAGCUUACCCCCUGAAGUGGAUGAUGUAGUAGAUGAAAGUGAUGACAACGAUGAUAUUGAUUUAGAAGCUGAAAAUGAAACUGAAAAUGAAGAUGACCUAGAUCAAAAUUUUAAGAAUGAUGACAUUGAAACAGAUAUUAACAAACUAAAACCCCAGCAAGAACCAGGACGAACGAUAGAAGAACUUAAAAUGUAUGAACACCUUUUCCCUGAGCUUGUUGAUGAUUUUCAGGACUAUGACUUAAUCUCCAAAGAACCAAAGCCUUUGGUGUUUGAGGGGAAAGUACGUGGUCCUAUUGUUGUUCCUACGGCGGGAGAAGAAGCAUCUGGGAAUUCAGGCAAUUUAAAAAAAGGAGUUACAGUGAAGUCGAAUGUGUCUCCUAAAGAAGAUGAAGGUGAUAAGAAAUGUACCUUUAUGGAUCUGGCAAAAGAAGAUAUUAAAGAUAAUGGCAGAACGUUGCACCAGCAGCUAGGUGAUCAAAAUAGAACUAUUUCAUCAGUCCAUGGCUUAAACAAUGAUAUUGUGAAGGCCUUGGACCGAAUUACAUUGCAGAAUAUUCCUUCUCAAACAGCCUCGGGUUUUACUGCAGGAAUGAAGAAGGACUACAGCCUCCCUCUUACUGUCGUUUCGUGCGCUAAAGCAUGCCCACACAUGGCUACUUGUGGAAAUGUUCUGUUUGAGGGAAGAACAGUUCAGCUAGGGAAGCUUUGCUGCACUGGAGUUGAAACUGAGGAUGAUGAAGAUACCGAGUCUACUUCAUCAGUGGAACAAGCAUCAGUUGAAGUGUCUGAUGGACCAACGCUACACGACUCAGAUCUCUAUAUUGAGAUUGUGAAAAAUACAAAGUCUGUCCCAGAAUAUUCAGAGGUGGCUUAUCCUGAUUAUUUUGGUCACAUUCCGCCUCCUUUCAAAGAGCCUAUUUUAGAAAGGCCUUAUGGUGUACAAAGGACAAAAAUUGCCCAAGAUAUUGAGAGGCUAAUACAUCAGAGUGACAUCAUAGAUCGAGUGGUAUACGACUUAGAUAACCCAAAUUACACCAUUCCAGAAGAGGGAGAUAUUUUGAAGUUUAACUCCAAAUUUGAAUCUGGGAAUCUGCGCAAAGUAAUUCAAAUUAGAAAAAAUGAAUAUGACCUUAUUCUGAACUCAGAUAUAAAUAGUAAUCAUUAUCAUCAGUGGUUUUACUUUGAAGUCAGUGGAAUGCGACCUGGCGUUGCUUACAGGUUUAACAUCAUUAACUGUGAAAAGUCCAACAGUCAAUUUAAUUAUGGUAUGCAACCACUUAUGUAUUCAGUUCAGGAAGCAUUAAAUGCCAGACCAUGGUGGACUCGUGUGGGGACUGACAUUUGUUACUAUAAAAAUCACUUCUCAAGAAGUUCAGUUGCUGCAGGUGGGCAAAAGGGAAAAUCCUACUAUACAAUUACAUUCACCAUCAAUUUUCCACAUAAAGAUGAUGUUUGCUACUUUGCUUAUCACUAUCCAUAUACGUAUUCAACUUUGCAGAUGCAUCUUCAAAAAUUGGAAUCAGCACACAAUCCUCAGCAAAUCUAUUUUCGAAAAGAUGUGUUAUGUGAAACCCUGUCUGGAAACAGCUGUCCCUUGGUGACUAUAACAGCAAUGCCAGAGUCUAAUUAUUAUGAACAUAUCUGUCAAUUCAGAAAUCGCCCUUACGUUUUCUUAUCUGCUCGGGUACAUCCUGGAGAAACCAAUGCAAGUUGGGUAAUGAAAGGAACAUUGGAGUAUCUCAUGAGUAAUAACCCUACUGCUCAGAGCUUACGAGAAUGCUAUAUUUUUAAAAUUGUCCCCAUGCUAAAUCCAGAUGGUGUCAUCAAUGGAAAUCACCGCUGCUCUUUAAGUGGAGAGGAUUUGAAUAGACAGUGGCAAAGUCCAAAUCCAGAUUUACAUCCUACAAUUUACCAUGCUAAGGGGCUGCUACAGUACCUGGCUGCAGUAAAACGUUUACCACUGGUUUAUUGUGAUUAUCAUGGCCACUCCCGAAAGAAGAAUGUAUUUAUGUAUGGCUGCAGCAUCAAAGAGACAGUGUGGCAUACCAAUGAUAAUGCAACUUCCUGUGAUGUUGUGGAAGAUACAGGGUACAGGACUUUGCCUAAGAUACUGAGCCACAUUGCCCCAGCAUUUUGCAUGAGCAGCUGUAGCUUCGUAGUGGAAAAAUCUAAAGAAUCCACAGCACGUGUUGUAGUUUGGAGGGAGAUAGGAGUACAAAGAAGCUACACCAUGGAGAGUACUUUGUGUGGCUGUGAUCAGGGAAAAUAUAAGGGUUUACAGAUUGGUACUCGAGAAUUGGAAGAGAUGGGAGCAAAAUUUUGUGUUGGUCUGUUGCGUUUGAAAAGACUGACAUCCCCAUUGGAAUAUAAUAUGCCUUCCAGCCUGCUUGACCUUGAGAAUGACUUGAUUGAAUCGAGUUGCAAAGUAACUAGGAAACUGAACUCUGAUCUCCAAUUUUUGCCUGCAAUCCUUUGAAAUUGCUGAAAUCUCUGAUGACUUCUCUGCCUCUUAGCAGCUCCUUGCCUGGCCUUGGUUUCCUCUGGAAUUUGCCCCACGUACCUUUUCUCUUGGUUGAUUUUGCUUUGUAUCCUUUCACUGUAAUAAGUCAUAACUAUGAAUACAACUGUGUGCUGAAUCCUGUAAGUCUUCCUAGCAAAUUACUACACCUGGAGUGGUGUUGGAACCCCUGACACACCUGCCCAUUCUGAAUUUUUAAGUUUGAUUAUUAUUUCAGGGAUUCUAGUGUUCUACUGAGAAUGAUCAGAGGCAGAGAGUAUUGCAACCCCUUUACGCAUGUGUGUAAACCGAGGCUCAGAGAUGAGUUUACCCAAGAUUAUCCAUCUAGUAAUUCCCAGCAGACCCAGGAAUUCCAUCCAGUUUUGGAAUUCCACUCCAAAACUCCUCUGUACUUUCAUGAUAUCUUGUAUCAUCCAAGUGACGAAGCAAAAAUUCUAAAAAGGAAUGGUUUCAGAGUUUGAAGCUCUCCUGCACUAUCUGUGAAUUUAACCAUUUAAUCCUCUCAUCAUGUCAAGGAAUGUUUUUAGAUCAAUAGUAAAGUAAGUUGGAGUUGAAUGAGUUUAACUGUUUCCCAAAGUCAGCUUAGUUAUACUUUCUUUUCCAACAAAGUAUCAGUAAAUUAGCUGCUUUCUUUCCCCAAAUAGAUUAUUCUCUUGUUAGAUGUUCUAUGCACUAACUCUGAAUGUCUGUGUAUGCUCAUGUGCACGUAUGUGCAAGUACUUGUGUGUAUGCUGUGGUCACUUACGACGGACAGAAAUUGUCCCUUGUAUUUUCUAUGGAUAAUCUUGUUUACUUUGUGAUAUAUAGUAGAUGCCAUAUCUCUUACAAGAUAGGAGACAUUCUAUAAAUAAAGUAUUCUCUAAUAUUUGUGCAGAUAGACAUUUUCUUUCACUUCAGACCUGACAUUUCAGCGCAAGAAUGACACAAUCACCAAGUCACAAAUUGCUGAUAAUUUGGGCAAUGGAAUAUUUUUCUGUGUGCAUCAGUUUCAGAUAUUCUCCCCCAGGAUAUCUUUUUUGUGCUGCCUUAAAACAGGUAGGUUAGUCUCUAAUUAUAGCAGAGUACGAGGGUAAGGAAGGACUGAGUUACAAAGGUAAGGCAGUAUUUCUAGUCCUGUUGGCCUGGGGAAGCUCAUGAUCUGGGCUCUGUAGGAAUUGAGAAAGAUUGAUUUCCUUUUUUCCCCAUAACAAGGUAGGUUUUAUUAAUGUCAUGAUAACAUUUUAUAUUUGUACAGCUUAAGAAUUUAUAACUACUUUCACAUUUACUACCUAAUUUGAGCCAAAUAACUUUUGUGAGGUAGGACUAAUAUUGUUAUCUCGGCUUUACACUUGAGAAAACCGGUGCCUGAGAGAGUAAGUGACUUGCCGAAGGUCAUGCAGCUGGCUAGUAGGAUAGAGGCACAGACCCAGAAUUCCUGACUCCGCGUAUAGUGUGUUUCUUUCACGCUUGUCUAGGUAACACAACUGAAGAUCUGCAUUCUGAUGUCCCGGAUGUCCAGUCAGCUCUAAUGGAAGUAGACAGGUAUACAUUGAGGAAGAUGAUGAAUUUUUUAGGUUUAAUUUUGUGCAGUGCUUAAUAGUUUAAUGUAAGGAUAACCAGAAAACUUUGAAUCUGAAUGAAGCAGAAUUUUUUAUUACCUUUGGAAAUCAGUUGGAAUUAUAAACCUUUUCUGCAUCAUAAUGACACCAUACAGCAGAGGAUUUCAAUGCUUUCAUCCUGUGAGAAGGCCCUUUGGGGGAAGGUGUUGGUAUUUUUCUUGAAGCAGCAUGAGGAGGAUUUGUUUUUGGACUAAAAUGCUAUUCUCUUUUAGAAUGAAACAUUUCUUACUGAAUUGGUUUUGGCUUAGUCAUCUUUAUCCUAAGAAUUAACGUCCAGAACAGAAGGAUGUUGGGGCAGCUAUUGAAGAAUUAAGCAAAAACAGAGCAAAAGGAGUAAACUUAUGUGAAGAAAUGAGAGGAAUGAGGAAGAUAGUGGUGGGAAAACAAAGUAAUAAUGAUGGGAAAUAAUUCGAUACUGAUUAGACAUUGUUUUCUUGUGAUUGAAAUAACACUUGAAUUCCUAUCUGCUGAUGGAAAGGGAUUAUUUUAUGUAACUCUAGGGCAAAUCACCUUAAAGUCUUUCUCUUAAGUGAAGGUUAUUAUGCGAUGAUGUGUGUGAAGUCAUUUUCUAAGUUGUAAAGUGCUUAAAACAUAUGUUGGAAUUACUAAUAAAAGUAAAGCUGAAUUGCUAUGAUUGGUCUUGUGCCUUAAAUGUUUUUACUAAAGUAAAAUCAGUGGGAGGAGGUAAUAGGAAAAUUGAUGAUCUUGUGGAACUCAUGGCUUCUCAUAAAGAGUUCAGCAAACAUUUGUUUAGGGCCUAAAUGUGUCAGGCGCUUCUGGGACCUGACAGGUGGCACUAAGAAGAUGGGUAAGUUGGUUCCUUACCUUAAGAUGUUUAUGAUUUUAGUACUGAGAAGGCAGACCCACAAGUAGACAGUUUCAACCGCAUGUGAGAAAUGAUCAGAUAGAAUGUUUGUGCAGGGUACAGAGGGAAUUUAGAGAAAGGGCUCUUAUCCCAAGAUGGGCUUUAAAAAAGGAAGAAUGUCUGAAGAUAAGCCUGAGCUGCAGUUUAAAAGAAACAUGAGUAGUUAGGAGAAGAAAGGUAGGAACUAUGUCCUAAGCAAAGGAAACACUUUCAGUGAAGGCUUGUAAAGGUGAGGCAAGUAAUGGCCUGGAAAUCAUUGGCCGGACUUGUUGGCUGAGAAUUUGGGUUUUAUGACUCACUGAGUGAAUGGUACUGAGAAAAACUACAAGAGGAGCAGGUUUGGUGGGGAGAACAAUGAGUUCAGUUGUGACCACGCUACGUUCAAGGUGCAGGUGAGCUAGCCACGUGAAUAUAUUAGCAAGUUCACGCAUACACAGGAGAAGUUGAAGGGAGAAGUCCGGGCUAGAAAUUUGGAAUUGGAAACGAUCAUGAUGUAAAUUAAAAUCACUCAAAGAGGGCAUGCAUAUCAGAAGAGCAGUUAGAGCCUUUUGGUAGGCACCUGUUUUUGAGACAUGCACAGAGGAUGAAGAGCACUGGAUUAAUACUGAGAAGAAACAGAGGGGAAUGAAGCAGACCAGGAGAGAGGUGUCAGAGAUCUAGAAAAAAAUGCACUGGAAAGUGGCCACUGGAAUAGCAAUAAGAAGGCUGCUUUCAGUGGAGUGAUGAGGGUUGUAAUCUUCUUCCUUACCUUUCCUCUAUCUCAGCGUUCCCCUAGCUCCUUAACCCGAGAUCUGCUGAUCUCUCUCCUCUCCCAUCUCGCCUCUCCUGCCCCGACGCUCAGCCCCAAACAGAAACGUUCGCAUUGUUGGCCGCAUCCCCAUUGCUGGACGGACGUACUCGAUAUGCUUCACCUACAGGCUAGGAAGGAACAUGGUUUUGUCAGCGUCUGCAGAAACACGAGUCACAUAUCAGGGCCAGUAUGGGUGACAGGAGUGGAAUGAAAGUCUGAAGCUGGUCCACUCCUGGGUAUAAGGAUGGGUGAUGCCGGAACUUGUCACAGUCAGCCUGUGAAUGAGCCGAGAUCAGGCACUGAAAGGAUCAAAUGAUCAUCUGAAUCCAGAGCCCUGAACACUCCUUAUGGAAUUUCUUUUAAAUUUCCAAGAGCUUGCCUUCCAGGUUGUGCUUCUGGUCGUAAAAGUGCUUAUCAGCAUCCGAUACGAUACCAGCAUUCAUCCUAGUCUCCUUGCUGUCUAGGAGCUUUUUUGGCUUGAUCUAGGGCAUCUUUGUUGCUCCUAAAUUAUACUUCUCUCCUUUUGUUUCCUCAUUGACUUACAGCUUAUAAGACUAAACUUUUUCUUGAAAUCCUUUCCUUAGUUCAGAUUGGUUAAUUUCCUGGUAUCCAGCUUCCCACGUAGAACCACAGGUCCCUGUUCUAACCCCAGUGUAGUGGCUGGGCUUCCUGCAACCAGUUUCAUUUAUGUCAGUGUUAUUUUCCUUGGUGUUAGUGGGGAGAGAGAGGGAAAGAGAGAGAGAGAGUGUGUGUGUGUGUAAUUGUGCUGUCCAUAGUUCAUCGGAACAAUGCCUGCUCGCCCUCCCAUGCAGCACAUGGAGUUUGUGCUCUUCCUACCUGUUGGGAGACGGCAGUGACCACUGUACAGGCCUCAUUACGGAGGCGUCAGCUCUGCAGUCCUGAUUGGUUUCCCCAGCCCCUGUAUCAGCGUAUACUGGCUUUUGAGCAACUUUCUCCUUCCUUGCAUUUCCAUGAUCAUUUCUUGUUAUAAAAGUCUCCUGGAACAAAACAAGCAAAUAUGUGGCAAGGGGUCGGUCUUUUCAUGCUUUCUCUCCUCACUUCUCUUUCCCGCUCCUUUGCUUCAGCUAGUCUUCUAUCUAUUCUUAGAACCCCCUGCGACACUCUGAGAAUUUGAAAUACCAAGGUCAAGAAAGAGGAAUGAAUGAAUUGUUUUUUAAAGGAAAGAAAGAACAAUUGUCAUUUAGAAAGGCAAAUAAUUUUUUUUUCCCAUCUAACUUUUUUCCUCAAGACAUCAGAGUCAUGGUAAAUAUUUUAGUCACAUGAUUGAAAGCAGUGGACUUGUUCUUGCAAGUGUGAGGUAUAUUAUAAAGUCUCACACAAUCCUCCAAGCCACUCAGCUUGAUUUAUCAGGACUACUCU